UGCCGGCCUCGCUAUAAAAGCGUGCCAGUAGUACUCCUGGCGGACCAUUUGGUCCCCAUACGGACACACCGACACCGUUCGUGCAAGCAAUGAAAGCGACAGUGAGCUUGCUGCUGCUGCUGCUGCUGCUGUCCGUGGUCACACUCGGCACGUGCCGUACGGGAGGCUUCAAGGGUACGCGCACUUACAACCUGGAAACGGACGAGGAUCGCUAUGGACGGUACGAGCGGGUACUGCUCGGGCUGAAAACUUCCGAAGGGCUGCGGUUGGAUCCGGCCCUGCUGGACGAGGUGCGCCAGGUGUUGCUGCAGGAGGAACGGCAGGCCGCAUCCGGCCGGGAAGUGGAGCCGGUCGAUGUGCAUCUGUACAAGCCGCUGCAAUCGCGCCAUAUCGCCCAACUGCUUUACCGAGCGCGGCUUGAUGCGGUGUCGGGCUCGAACCGGCGGACACGAUAGCCGCAUGCCACGAGGGGAAGCAAUAUGUAUUAUGUAUGUGCAGCAUUGCCGGGCAGAAGCCGGUUGGUUGACCGGUUGGGUUGGUUUAGUUUUUGGCAGGCACGCGUGUCACGGGAUGAUUUGAAAUUGGCACAGCGGGUGCCAGGAUGACCAGAGUACAAAACAUAUACCGUAGGGCAGGAGAAGAUGGUGCUAAUACGAUCAGAAAUAAACAUUGUAUAUUUUUAAGGUAAAGAAAGGGUUCGUGCCUUCUUCUUUUAGAUAACAUAUACAAAACAUAUAGAGAUUUUGUUGAAUUUUUAAAAUAUUCUUGUACAUUCUGCUCUUUUUUUACAUCUUAUAAUAUUUAUUUUAACGAAAUUCAGGAGAUUUUUAUCAUUUGAGAUAUGUAAUGGAAGCAUAUGACGGAAUCAUUUUAGGUAAACUAAUUCAUAAAGGAUUUUUCAAGUCACUUUCGAAUGUGCACACCAUUUCUCACCCCCUGCAAGACAGUUUUCAAAAUCUGUCACAUCUUGUAUUGGCAUCAAAAUAAAAUUUAGGUUCUUACACAUGAUUAUCAACACAUCACAAGAACUGUUAAACUCAAUCCAUCUUGAGACAAGUUGAAAAUCAUCUGGAAGUACUAAAAAAUUAUUGUGAUGCAAAUACAUCAGUAUCUAAUGCUUUUGAAAACACAUCUUGUAAGCAAUGAAAAUUGUUGGUAACACAGGAAAUUGAUCGCAAACCCCUGUAAAAUGUGCAGCAAAGUCCUCAAAAUAUUAGGAACUUUCCCUAGUUUAAACAAUCGAGUACUAUUUGGACAUAAUUUCAGACAAGUUCAAAAGUAUCCAGCUCCCAAUAUAUGUUUACUAUCAACCGACGAACCCUUCCCAAUACAUCCCACAAUCAUGCAAUGAGACUAAUGAAACCAAUCGGCCUAAAGACUCUAUACAAGUAAAUAUUUUAAAAAAAGUCACAUGAUCAUUGUACUGAUUCCAAAUUUAAAUGAAAUGAAGAAACAAAAAUACAUUUAACUCACGUCGAACCACCUCACAAAGUAUUCAAUGCCACACACACCCCAAAAAAACAACGACAUUCGGAAGCUGUCGCCUGAAGUAUCAGCACGACCGAAGUGUGCUGCAAUCUGCGCUCGAACCAUAGCCCCCUCACCC